UGGGACGCGGGCUAACCCCGCAGAUUGGCGCUGCCGCGUCGGGCAAUUAAACGCUUCCAUCCUCCACCGCAGCUAAACGCGCGCGACGCUGCGAUCCAUGCUAACGUUAACUGCAUUUUAAGAGGCGUCGCUAAAGCCGCGGCGUUAGUCACGAACAUGACAGGUGUGCUAGCAACGCGCUUCCCGACACAGGAGCUAGCGGAUGUUUUCGCCGAGGACUCUGAAAAUGACACGACGUUUUAUGGCUUUUCUGGAGGCGAACUCAGCGAUAAGAAUUCAGACGCUGAAGGUGAAAGCCAGCUCGAUGUUUCCCUGCAGGAGCACACAACGCAACCAUCUGCUGCCGGCAAAGCCUUCAAGCUGAGGGUGGCCCUUCGCUCCGCUCCGUCCACCCAGGACUCCACUGACGAUGAGGAUGCCCACGGUGAAAGGAUGAGGGCAGCAGGCAGAGGGGCCAAGAAGCCAGGGAAACGUACUCAAGCAAAGGAGAAGAAACUUGUUAAAUUUGAGAAUGAGGAGACUGACGUGACUCUGCCUCCUACUUCUAGGAAGACAGGGCCUGAUUCAGCUGAAGAUGGGAUAGAUUCUUUCCUAGCUAAAAGAGAGCAGAACAUAAAGGCCAACAAAGAAAUGUUGGCUCAGCUGAUGGCAGACUUGCAGAAAAUGCCAGGAGGAGCAGGAAUCCUAAAAAAACGUGCCGGCAAACUGAAGACCAAUGAGAAAAGCACUCGCCCUCCACGUUCGGAGUGCAGGAGGAACCCCGACCGGAUGUCCCGCAGACAAACCCGCUCCAUGGGGGGGCGUGAGGAUUCUUCAGCUCCCAAAGAGGAAGACCUCGAGCUCAGUUUAGAGGAGGAGUUGCUGGAGGUGCGUCGAGCCCCUCAGCGCCGCAACACCCCACGGCCUAAUCCAAGUAAACCUCACUUUAUUCGCACUGUGGAAGACAUUACAGAGGAUGAACUUCUUCUGGUUGCUGAAAACAUGACUGAUAAAGUCUACAACAGAGUUACAGGAUCCACAUGUCAUCAGUGUCGUCAGAAAACUAUUGACACUAAAACCUGCUGCCGCAGUGAGGACUGUCGUGGGAUUCAGGGUCAGUUCUGUGGGCCAUGUCUGAGGAACAGAUAUGGAGAGGAUGUCAAGAAAGCGCUGCUUGAUCCGGAGUGGAAGUGUCCUCCUUGUCGAGGAAUUUGCAAUUGCAGCUUCUGCCGACAGCGCGAUGGCCGAUGCCCCACUGGUAUAUUGUUCCCUCUGGCUCAGUACCACGGCUUCUCUGACGUCCACUCCUAUCUCAGCAGCCUUAGAAACAAACUGAGGAGCGAUGGUGAUGACGUGGAGAAAUAAUUUAACACUAGAGGGCACAAUUCUUCUGUUUUAUUCUCUGAAGUUCUGAAUGAAUAAAGUUUAUUUUAACCA